AUGUCUGGACGUGGGAAGCAGGGUGGCAAGGCUCGUGCGAAGGCCAGGUCUCGGUCUUUCAGAGCUCAGCUACAGUUCCCGGUCGGUCGCAUCCACCGUUUGCUCCGCAAGGGUAACUAUGCUGAGCGCAUUGGGGCCGGCGCGCCCGUGUACCUGGCGGCCGUGCUGGAGUACCUGACGGCCGAGAUCCUGGAGCUGGCGGGCAACGCGUCUCGCGACAACAAGAAGACGCGCAUUAUUCCGCGCCACCUGCAGCUGGCCAUCCGUAACGACGAGGAGCUCAAUAGGCUCUUGGGUGGUGUGACCAUUGCUCAGGGUGGCGUCCUGCCAAAUAUCCAGCCUGUGCUCUUGCCCAAAAAGACCGAAAACCAUCACAAGGCCAAGGGUAAAUAG